AUGGAAGCCCAUUCUAGAGUUUCAACUGUUCAUCGCAAAGGACAUCCAGUGCAAGUGAGUAACCCUAAAAACGACAGUUGCCCGCCACGAAACGCGAGAGAAGAAAGACCAGCCACUCCAGACAGGAACAGAACAGGCAAUAGGUUACUCACCGAGUCACAACUCACAAUGACUCAUCUCAGGCCCGUCGAUCGCCUGGAGAGAAGAUUGCUCAGCCUCGGCAGGUUUGCUCCUCCUCGUGGAAGGCCUACCCUGAGACGUUCUGCGUCCAAGUUAUUGAUCGGAGCUGCGGCGGCUUGGUUUUUCUCAGUGUGCGAGUGCUUCGGCUCCGAUAAACCCCUCGCUUACAUCGCUAACAAGUAA